CACUGGCGGUUUGUUUUUAACGUGUUUGUUCAAUUUAAGGAUGAAUACAAUUCGUCCUUGCGGUUGCAAGGGCGUGCGCACCUGUCUGAGCUGCGAGCAGGACUUUCAGAUAGCAAAGCCCUCUCUGCAGGAGCAGUUCCAGCAACUAGAAGCGUGGUCAUACUGCGUCCACUGCGAACUUUUGCAGCCCGGCUGGGAUACGACUAAGGUGGAAAGUGCCCAUGAAGAUCACAAAAAGGACGAUGGUCUGCCCCUGCCGGGCAUUCUGGUACAAGAGGGAUUCCUCAGCACAGAGGAGGGCUCGCAACUCUUGUCCGACCUGGACGCAUUGGCCUGGGACAUCUCGCAGAGCGGCCGACGCAAACAGAACUUCGGGCCAAAAACGAACUUUAAAAAGCGCAAGCUUCAGGUGGGCUCCUUCGUGGGAUUUCCUCGAUCCACGGAGUAUGUGCAGCAGCGCUUCGAAGAGGUUCCCCUGCUGCGUGGCUUCCAGACCAUCGAACAGUGCUCCCUGGAGUACGAGCCCAGCAAGGGAGCCAGCAUAGAUCCGCACGUGGAUGAUUGCUGGAUCUGGGGCGAGCGAGUGGUCACGGUAAACUGCCUAGGCGACGCUGUCCUCACCCUAACUCCCUACGAAGUCCAGCAGGCGAGUAAGUACAAUCUGGACUUGGUGGCCCAAUACGAGCAGGAAUUGCUAGCGCCGCUGUUGAAGGAUGAGCAUAUGGCCAAAUACGCGGGAAAGGUGCUUCGCAUACCUAUGCCAAACCUCUCCCUGAUUGUUUUGUAUGGCCCAGCGAGGUACCAGUUCGAGCAUUCCGUACUCCGCGAGGAUGUCCAGGAGCGACGCGUAUGCAUAGCCUACAGGGAGUUCACGCCUAUGUAUAUCAACGGAGAGGACCAAUAUAAGGGAGAUCCUGUACGAGAAAAGUCGAAGCUCUUUUGGAAAUAAACUACCAAGAACUUGUGUAAAUAUUAAACUAAAUACCCAUUAUAAACUGAAAGGUUUGCACCGAUUCGCGGUAGCUGAUUUGGAAUUCAUUAAUAUAGACGAGAAGGAAAUCCCGAA